UAUCGUCCAAACAUGGCAGCGUCCGUUUGGAAGCGAUGUGUGACUGCAGCUGUCAAAGUUAAACGUUUAUCUCCGUCUCUCUCAGCCAGGAGAUGGAUGCUCUCAGCAGCUUACACCGAUACCAUCGUGUGGGAGUCGAGAAAGAAGGACCCCCAGAACCUGUCUGUACUGGCCACCACUAUGGACAGGACAUACGACAAGAAUCUCCCAGUUAGUUCUCUGACUGUGUCACGGUUUGUUGACAACAUUUCAUCUCGAGAGGAAGUUGAUCAAGCGGAGUACUACCUUUACAAGUUUCGCCACAGUCCAAACUGUUGGUACCUGAGAGACUGGACCAUUCACAGUUGGAUCAGGCAGUGUCUAAAAUACGGGGCCAGAGAGAAGGCCCUGCACACAGUUAAAAACAAGAUCCAGUAUGGAAUAUUCCCAGAUGACUUCACCUUCAACCUGCUCAUAGAUUCUUACAUUAAGGAUGGCGACUUUACAAGUGCAUGCUCUGUGGUUGAGGAGGUGAUGCUUCAGGAGGCCUUCGACCUUCCCUCCACACGGAUCCUGUCUCUGCACGCCUUGGCCAGUUACCGAGCAAUGAGGCCACAGCUCACUGUGUCAGGGGAGCGGGCAUUGGGGGCAUCACUGCUCAUCUGUGGACUGCGGCAAGACAACAAUGUUGGCCUCAGCGCUCAGCUGCUCGGCAACGCUCUGCUGGGCAAGGUGGAGAUGUUAAAGGGCAUACAUGGCGUGUUCAAGGGGAUGCCUCUCUUCUGGGGUCAUGGAUAUCUGGACCGGGCGCUGGCCGUCAUGGAGAGAGUGGCCACUGCUUCUGGUGACGUCAAGCUGUCCAAAGACACACUGGACGGCAUGAAUGACGUGCUGCAGGAACUAUCCUCUUCCUCAGACAGCGACUCCUCGGGAGCGGAGUCGGCCGGUGAGGGCGGGGAGGAGGAGAAGGAAGAAGACACCAUAGAUGAAGAUGAUCAUGCCGAGCAGGCUAAGCUCCCGCACUAUGUCAGCAGAUUCAAGGAACUGAGCAGCCAGCUGGAGUCUCUGGGUAAAGUGGACUCUGCCUCUUUCCAGGCUUCAGUGGCCGUUCUGGCCCAGCAGGACCUGGCUGCUGUGGAGAAAUCCGACUUGGAGCAGUACCUGAUCCGGGUGCAGGCCUGGGAGGCCGAGAAUACGCAGCUGAUCAAGAGAGAGAAAGAGAUGAGGGAGAAGGCGGAGCAAGAGAAACAAGAGCGGCUAGCGGCCAAGGCCGCAGCCGAGCAGGCGUAGAGACCAGGCCGCAUGGGGCUGCAUCCAGAUCUCUGAACUGUCCGUCGCGUAUCCACAUUGUGAUUGUUUAAUAGGAGUUUUAUGUGUAUACAAUGUCCAAAUAUCACCUGGUGUUACUUUUGUAUAUAACAAUUAUCGUUUGCAAAUGCGAAAAGUAUUGCUCUGUUUUUAUAGCAUUAAAUGGGGCAAAUAUAAAUAUAUUGUCAAAAUACAAUUAAUUUUCAUCUGUCGGUAA